AUGUUCGGAGAAGGUAGCGCCGCAGAUGAGGGCAAGAUGUCCAAGGUCGAGUUCUGUACUCUGGGCAUGUUCAUCCUCGAUGAUAUCGACUUCGAGGGUUCCCGGCCGAGUGUGAAGAACGUCCUUGGUGGCGCGGCUUCAUUUGCGGUCAUUGGUGCUCGACUAGCGGCUGGGAAAGAGUACUCGAGGUCCGUCAGUUGGAUUGUCGACGUUGGCUCCGACUUUCCACCAGAAGUCCUGGAUGCGAUCAAAGCGUGGGAUACAGACUGCGUUAUUAGGAAAGACUCCAGCAGAUUGACCACUAGGGCAUGGAAUGGCUAUGGUCCCAAUGAGAAACGAGGUAAUGUCCCAGGAUCUCAGCGAUGUGCGAGCGAAAUGAUAACGAAAGAUAGCCUUCCAGUACUUGACCCCGAAGCUACGAUUAGAGCCACAUAUGCUGUCGGACUCCCAAGUGCUCUCAAGAACAUUCCAUAUGGUCUGUUCCUCGUCCCGUUGUAUAAUCAUAAUAUGUGCACUCUUGAGGAGCAGCAGAAGUUCUUGGAAGCAUGUCGCGAAGUUGACAUUGUGAGCCCCAACGAUUUAGAGCUGGGCAUGAUGUUUGGCCAAUCUGCUUGGAAUGAGGAGAGCAGCCUCGGCAAGGAAAUAGUGGACAAAAUUCUUGAGUCAGGGGUCGGGCCUCGAGGCGAGGGACACCUAGUUAUUCGGGCAGGGAAAGAGGGUAGUUACACUUAUUCUAGAGGCCUAAGGAUCUGGCUGCCCGCCUAUCAUCAGCCUACUGCCUCCGGGGAAUCCCCGGUUGUUGAUCCAACGGGAGCUGGGAACUCCUUCUUAGGUGCGCUGGCUCAGGGAAUGGUGAGCGAGGGUAGAGAUGCGGCCAAGGCCGUCGCAUCUGUCCUGUCGGAGUCCGCAGUUUGGCGAAAAGCAGCCGCGGUUUGCGGAAAGCACCAGAGUAUCCCACUCGCCUUGAUUCUCGCCACUGUCGCUGCAAGCUUCGUCGUUGAACAGAUUGGCGUGCCCCACCGGUCUACAUCUGCUGAAGGGAAGGAACAUUGGAACGGAACUGAAUUCACGGAACGAGUCCGUCUGUACACCCAGGGAUUGUAUCGAACACUCGAAGAAUCUCCUCAAAAGCACUUGCAGAUCAACUGA